UUUGUGAGCGUGUGUCUGUGUGCAAUGUGGAUCCAUGAAGCAGGAGGCGCGUCUCAUUCUCAGAUUGAGUGUACAAGAUCUGCUCAAUUAUAACACAGUGUGCUUCUGCAACUCGCUCUGCGCAGGCAUGACUGAGGCUCUGUGGGGACUGGACGGAACCAGGCAGGCUACUGUCUAUAUUUAUCACAAUUAGGAACACUGGUGAAAAAGUUGUCUACCUUGUGAUAUUCCAUCUAUCAUUCAUCAUGUUUGUAUGGUCCUACUGGAAGACCAUUUUCUCAAAACCAGCCAAUCCAUCCAAAGAGUUCUGUUUGCCCAAAGCAGAUAAAGAGCAGUAUGAGAGAGAAGAAAGGCCAGAGGCACAGCAAGAAAUCCUCAAGAGAGUAGCUCAAGACUUGCCUCUCUACACCAGGACAGGCACCGGAGCUGUACGGUACUGUGACAGGUGUCAAGUAAUAAAACCUGAUCGAUGUCACCAUUGCUCUGCAUGUGAUAUGUGUGUUCUGAAAAUGGAUCAUCAUUGUCCUUGGGUGAAUAACUGUGUUGGAUUUUCAAACUAUAAGUUCUUCGUCCUGUUUCUGGCAUAUUCAUUGAUCUACUGUUUGUUCAUUGCUGCCACAGUGCUGCAGUAUUUCAUUAAGUUCUGGGCACUUUGCCGCAGGAAAGCUGCAGAGAAUUGUCCAAAGAGUGAACUUCCAGACUCUCACGCCAAAUUCCACGUGCUGUUUCUGUUUUUUGUGGCGGCCAUGUUCUUCAUCAGUAUUCUGUCCCUGUUCAGCUACCACUGCUGGCUCGUUGGUAAGAACAGAUCUACCAUAGAAGCUUUCCGUGGACCUGUGUUCAGAAAUGGUCCGGAUAGAAAUGGGUUUUCACUUGGGUUCAGCAAGAACCUGAAGGAAGUGUUUGGAGAUGAGAAGAAGUACUGGCUGGUGCCCGUGUUUACAAGCUUGGGGGAUGGAUCUACUUUCCCAACACGACUGGUCAGUCUGGAUCCAGAGCAGCCUACUAUAGACGUCCAACCAGAAUCUGCUAAAAGUGUUGCAGAUGGGCAUUCCUGUGCCACAAGGCCCCUAAGUGAGUCCCAGAACCGGCUUCUGGGGAACGACCAGCAUUCUACGGAGGAUGGAUUGGAUGCAGACCACCUUAAAUUCGACGCAAAAAACAAUGUCACAGUUUCCGUGGAAAGUGAAUCUUAGUUCGUCAAUUCAAGCUGUGGUGAAUAUGAAGUUGCUGGAAUGGAUAUUUCUCAAGUACUAACGGUUCACAGAGGAUACACGGGGGUUAAAUCAGUGGUGUCCAACCUUUUACGGUCCAGUGAAACAUCGGCCACUGUUAAAAGUAGUAGAUGACUGUCCAGCGCGCGUGUGUGUGUGUGUCUCUCUCUCUCUCUCUAUCAAUCUAUCUGUCUGUCAUGUGGGUCACAUGGUUUCAUCUAUGUUAACGUGUUGCCUAGUAAAUAUAGGGCUGAUUUCAAAUGUGGAGCAAGUAGGUAACUGGCUUCAAACUUGGGGAGUUUUUUUUAAUUUAUUUUUAUAAAUGGAUUGAGCCGUUCUUGCUUUUAAAAUUCAUGGAAUAACUAGGAAGGCAUGACUCCACCCCUCACGCAGGUGAAAGAGAGGACACCUCUGUUCUAGAGCAGCCUUUCUGAACUGUCAGUGAAACCGCAGGGCUGCCUGGCUCUACCCCAUCUCUGUUUGCCUCAGCGUGGGCAGCACCACUCUGUAAACUCUGGCGUUGAAACUGGGCAGGGGCAUAAAGAACACUAAAACAUCCUUCCAUAGACCAUACAUUGAAUGCAGUGUAAUUCAGACCUCAGUGAAGUAGGAUUAUGGUUGCUCUUUAUUGUCGAGUUGUUUACAGAGUCGUCGUUUUUUUUUUUUGCAUAUUA